GCGGGCCUUCCUCUCUAGACGGAACGAGCAGUGUUAGGGAGUGAACGUGGCUCCGAUGUAGUAAGUUGUAUAGAUUGUCGACUAGACAGAACGUCGAUUCAAGAGCACCAAUCGACGCCGUCGACAGCUGACGACACGCAGUGCCCACCACACGCGUAAAGGCAAAGAAGCCGCCUCAACAGCAUCAGCCUAGCAAAAGCCAAUUACUACACGACUGAGGACCGUCCCAGUGAUAAUCAACGAACUUGACGACGACGACGACGAGGACUAGAAGGGUGCAUUGAAUAUAGUGCACAAUAGUUGACGUAAAGGACAGAAGCCGAAUGAUCCAUUGGCAAAACAUACAAAGUCGCCGAGAGUCGAGUGAAGUGGCUAACAAAAAAGGUGUCUUAUCAUUUCUAUCGUAAACACCGGGCAAAAUAGCCCAAAGAGAAUAGACUUGUAUGAGAUUUUCGAGCGAGUGGAAGCAGUAACUUUGUAGCUAAAUAAUAGUACAGAACGAUAGUGGUGCUACUAUUGCUAACACGGUUGUAAGUGAAGCUUCUACUUUAUCAUAACUAGUUCACUCUGUUUGGUCGAUUGAAGCUUUUUGGAGUUGCUCUAUUGAACCUCAAUAGAAAGCAGACAAGUGCGCGCUUUCGUAACGUAUAGCUGCUUAGGCUACACAUUAAAUGGAGUAAAAGUAGAGCGCCAGCUAGAUGAGUCGUGUCUCGUUUUUAUAAACAUCCUAUCUUGUAUGUGUGGUUGUGCCGACACCUCAAGGCUAUUGAACACCGAAAACAAUAGUAAAUAACCCCUAAAGACAAAGACGAGAAGGAAAUGACAGAAAAGUAAGUGACCGACGUUUCAACAUGGUACAUAUAUAGCCCCCCCCCUUGAUAAUCGUCGAUGUGAACGCUUAAAAAAGCCGCACGCUUCUAUCACUGAAAAAAAAAUAGCAGAAUAAAAAUGCAUCGUCUACUCCGAAACGUGCAGCUGUAGUAGUAUUGUGUGUUAGUGAUCAGUCCGGAAGUAAAAAAGAAACGGAGGAGAAUUUAAACGUCGGUCCCAAUGUCACAGUGUUUAUUACAAAACGGUCGGCUGAACGUUCUCAACGACAAUCGUUACCGAGGUGCGGACAAGCUGGCCUAAAUAGAAAAAAAAACACAAAAAAAACUGCUUACAUUUUCAGUUAUAGGAUAAGUACGAUGCAUCAACUACUGCAAACGUAUUGUCGCCUCACCGGAUGCCUGAAGACUGUUCGUGCCUGUAACAAUAGUGUCAAAAAUACCUCAGCUUUUCGAACGAACCCGUGGCGCCGCGUCCUCUAACGUAACUUGGAAAUAACAGUGACGUUCUGCAGGCAACCACGGGCUCGAUGCGCACACCCAUGGCUCGUUCCGGACCGGCAGACGCCAGUACAGCUUCCUGCAGCUGAAACGCGAAGCCGCCCUAUCGAUAUACCUGAACCUUCAGAAAUUUCAGAAUAUCAGAGCAGACUCCUAGCAGAGUCUGCUCAAACUGCGCACGCGACCCUAGUAAAAGGUGCCAAUGGAUAUCGUGGGAAAGUACUUCUGUCCACGUCUGGUCGACUACCUCGUUGUUGUUGGCGCCAGCUCCAACCAUCACAAGAAGGUUCAACUGCCCAAGUUACUUCGCCGUUAUCCCAUAACCGACCACCAGGAUUUCGCGUUGCCGCACGAUGUCUGCUACUUCUGUCAACCGGAAGGCUGCCAGCUACGCGGAGCUAAACAGCUGGGAGCACGCGAUUUUGAGCCAUUUGUGUUCUCGCUCACUGAGAAAGACUCGUCUCGGGUUCGUUAUGGAGUCUGUGUGAACUUACAACGGCGGCUAUCGCACGCCCCCGCUCCGUCGGGGUCAGUUUGUGGCGCAUCAGGCGCGCCAGCGUUGACCCAUCGAGCCCCUCAAUUCAGCCUGACGUCUUUCUGCGUCAUAUCGCAUCAUCCGUUUUUUUCGACCUUUCGCGAGUGUCUCGUUGAGCUCAAAAAAAUCCUUGAUACAUUCAGUGAAGCCGGUGUAAAAUGCACCUGCCAACAGCUUUGUAACAAGGAUCCACUAUGGGAAGUGUUCGUUUCACCCGAUGUGGCUACGGCAACCCUUUGUCCCGCCCUCCUGGAGGUGAUUCAGGAGAUCGAGAAGUGGAUCCUACGACUUCUUUCGUUACCUGUGCCCGUGCCUGAGAGGACCAAAAUCGAGGUGGAGCUACUUUCUCUAACCCGACGCGAACAGCCAGUUGUAUUUGCGCUCCCAGAUCAUAAACGUUUCUCUUUGCUUGAUUUUCCCGUUCACUUGCCGCUGGAGCUAUUGGGAGUCGACAACUGCAUUGAAGUACUCAAAUGUAUACUGCUUGAAAACAAGGUGGUGAUACAGUCUCACAAUUAUAACGCACUGUCAAUUUCAAUAAUGUCUCUUGUGGCAUUACUAUAUCCACUGGAAUAUAUGUUUCCAGUGAUUCCGCUGCUGCCGACCAUCAUUGAUGCAGCCGAACAACUGCUAUUAGCACCUACACCUUAUAUCAUAGGGGUCCCGGCGUCGUUCUUUGCGUCGAAAUCGAAACAGCUUCUAUUGCCAAACGAUGUUUGGCUGGUGGAUUUGGAUACUUGUACAAUUACCCGACCGUCUGGAUGCGAACCAAUACCGCCCCUGCCGUAUCCUGAGGGAGCGUUGCUUAGCGAGUAUUUCAGUCAGUUAUUGGGCUCCAUGAAGGUUCAAAGCUCCAGUCCGGUGGUCCUUGACGCAGAUACCGUUGAUGUUGCCAUCCGGGUUUCGUUGGUCAAAUUCUUCAACUCGCCAGGCGUGCUUCAAAAUGUCCUUGAGCACACACGGACGUUACGCCUCUACCCGCGGCCCGUCGUAGCAUUCCAAGUAAACAGUUUCCUGAUGUCACGCGCACGUGAUGGCGAACCACCGCCGUUCCUGCGCAAGCUCGUUCGAACGCAGGCCGUCGAGUACUUCAUCGAGUGGGCGCUCAAACCUUCAAAUGUGGCUUUCGAAAGAAUCAAUACAGGCAUAUCCGAUGCUAUGACGAUUGGCGAUAAACCAAAAUGGUACAGCGAUGAGUUGGAAGCUAUCCAAGUGGCUGUUUGGAGCGAAAAGCUCGAGGCGCUGCUCAGAGACAUCCAGGAACGAAGCCGAAAACAGGACGCUGAAAGUGGGUGUGAAAGCGAACCCUUUUCCUCAGAUGAUGACGAGGAUGCAGUCGAACUUAAUGGGGAGCAAACCCAACAACCUAUGUUUGUUCGAACAGAUUCAAUGGCGGAAAAGCAAAUCGAAGAGCGGCAGAAUCCAACGGGUGCCUUUCCAGUUUUCUUUGAUCAUUCACUGAUUUACCAGCCUCCAACCCAGCUCGUUGUGCCUGGCACGCCUUCGUCGCAACACACAGCCAGGGAACGCCGCGAUUCAUUUAGCGACAGUUCACUCUCUGACAACAACAAUGAGGAUCAGCAAACGCAACAAAUCAACAAUAAUCAAAAGAUAGGAACGCAACAGGCAGCUGUGCAGAAAAACAAUAAAUCUGACGAUGCGGCCAGAGUUGGUAGCGGGCUUGAACGUGGGAAGAUACGAGCCAAACAAAGGCCAGUAGGUCGUCGGGGCAGAGGUGGCGAUCGAUCAACACAGGCAUCAGGAGAACAACAUGGCAGUAGCAGUAGUUAUGACGAGGAUUCUGAUGAUGGAGUGAGGAGCGAUGAAUCAGGAGACGAGAAUGAGUUCAGUCAGGACAUGGAACAAGCCGCUGAAAAAAUCGCCAAGAAAUUAAGCGGAGUGUUAUACCGGGCUGGGUCGCUCGGACAGAACGCGCAGAGCAAAAAUGCCCAUCUCAUUGAAAAAAUGAUCAAGGCGAAGGAAGGAUUUGGCAAGGCGAACAGAGCUGCUGAAGAAUUUGCUAAGACAGCAGCAAGUGCCAGUAAAAAAAAGUUUGCACAAGCACUCAGUGGCGACCGAAUGGCAGAAGCGAAGGGGAUACUAAAUGAAAGUGGACUCGACCGGGUCGCGGAUCAAACGAAGGAAAUCGCCGAUCAAACAAAGAGUGUCAUUUCCGGCCUCAUCGGCAAAACUAAGGAGAAAUCAGAACCACUAGGACCUAUGGCAAAAGCCCAAUUUAGCAAAUUUUCACAUCACCAUCAGGGUGGAGACCGUAGGUCAAGCGGUGGAAAUCGCGCCAGCCGCAGUUCGCUUGAGGCGAGUGAACAACAAAAAUUCUUGUUGGAAGUCGUCACGGGCGUAGCGGAAGGCAAGGGUCUGAAGUUCUUGCAACAAGGACGCAUUAAGCAGCUGAUGGCUAGUGAAGGUCAUCGGAACUUCGUGCUAUCGAAACUGAACAAGGCGUUCGAGCACAAGGUGGGCCCUGAUGACUACAUCGAGGACGUGCGUAUCUCCAAAGAUGUCUUUAAAGGCACAGUAAAGAUGCUUGCGUAUAUAGUAGAAGGUCUUGAAAAUGACUACCAGAGAUGCGGCACCGUAGGCAUCGCAAGUGCCAUGCAGGUACUUGAGAUUGCCCACACGCAUUAUCAUGACACAUUAGGAGGAAGCCGGAGCAGUAGAGGUAGUUUGAGCCAUAACAUUUUAGGAUCGACAAGCAAUCAGAGUCUCUCGCAGUUGAGCGCGCAGUCCGCGAUAUCCACGGAUACCAUCUAUCCCUCUGCUACGGGCCAAGGGGGACAAGAGACUCUUGGACGAAGCAGCGGACGACCAUCGUUAGACCUGGGCGGUAUGGGAAGAGGUCUGUUUUCGCGUGGGGGAAACGUGCUUUUUCGAGUAGAUGCUAUCAGUGAUUCGUCGACGUCGGAGAUGUUCAAAAGUGGACUUUCCAGCAUGCGACGAAUGAUGAACAAAAUAUCUAACAAUAACCAGUCGGAUGUAUCAGAAACGGGUUCUAUUUCGACAAAUCCUAUGUUCCUACAGCGCAAAGAGCGAAAGGGUUCGGCCGCGAGGUCAGCAAUCUCCGAUGGUGACGCUGACCUGAUGUCGUUAGGUGGAUUUCGAAAAGAAUCAUUCUGGUGUGCAGGACGUCCAGUUACUGCAGGGACGCGAGCCCUUCCUCGCGUGUCAAGUGUUGAGCAACCCGAACGGGUCUAUGUCUAUCAGGAGCUCCUGAAAGAAAGAAGCUCUCUCUGGGAUCACAUGGAGUUCUGGGAAGACGUGUUUUAUGACGCGGUGACUCAGGAACGGGAUCUUAUCGGGAUGGAUCAGAAACCCGGCGAAAUGAUGGAAAGAUAUACAGGUUUGAACAAUUCAGACCAAAAAAGACUACAGGAAGAUGAAGACAGGUUGUUGGCCGUGGUCUUGCAAAAUCUAAUUGCGUUCAUGCUGAUGAUGAGUGUCAACAAGGACCGAAUUCGCCAAAAGAUCCGACGCUUGUUAGGCAAGUGCCACAUAUCACUGGCCUAUAGCGCCGAAGUGAACGACGUCCUUGGCCAGCUGGACAGCCUUGAUGGCAACGAUCUAAACUUGAAGCCGUUAGCAAGUCAGCAAGUUCUACGACAGACGUUUACCGUUCGCUUUGGAAGCGAUGCCGCCGAGACUACGCGGUUCAUGGAGGUUCGGGAGGACGGCUUGAUCGUUCGAGCAGCCAAUGGCAGUAUUGUCGAGCGGUAUUUCUUCGAGCGCAUCGUUAACAUCACGUAUUGCCCCACGAACAACGUACUCUGUCUAUGGCGCCAGUCGGGCGCCGAGAUGCAGCUACACAAGUACUACACAUCGAAGUGCAAGAAACUCUACUAUUGCAUUAAGAGUGCCAUGGACAACGCCAUCAGCCGCGACGGGCUACACAAGCCGUUGCCGGACCUGGGAGGCGAGUUCCCCAUCGAAGACAUGCAGACGGGCGAAGGUGGUAUCCUUCAGGUCUACGUGGAUGGUGUGGGACUCCUUUUCGAAAACACCAAGUUCUUCGUCCGCGUGGAGAACAUCUACAAAUGUUAUCAUACAAUUGAAGGAGAGUUCGUUCUUGAAGAAUACAAUCCAAAAACAAAGAAGAUUGCCGAACGUAAAUACCGAUCUAAAAUGGCGUACAACAUCUUCUACGCUGUGCUGUGUGUGUUCUCGUAUCUGGCUGCGGGACCCGCAAAAACGCCGUCGCCGAAUGCCCCCGACACCAACACAAACAUCCAACACCAAAGUGCCCCUACCCCUCCAGGCGGUGCCCCUGGCAUUGGCAGCUCUGGAGAUCAGAACCUAAAACCGACGCGGCCAGGAGACGCUGACAGCAGCCGGCGUAGAGGAUGGAUAAAGGCCAAAUCGUCAAUGUUAAUAGGCGUGUUAACAGUAACGAGUGACAAUACGGGUGUCUCGCCUAAUGAUACGCAGGCCAAGUGAUUGAUGUCACAGAUCUUCGACACUU